AGCUUUCGAGUUAGUUUGGAAGUUUUAUUGCACAAAAUUUCGAACCCGUAAAUUAAGCGUCUAAUACUCAAUAAAACGUUCCCCGACGACAAUCACAACAAAAACAAUUGAAAAUCAUAUAAAAAAAAAAACAAAGAAUAAUGUAUAAAUUGUUGUUUAGAUGCCAUACGAGGGUGUGAGGUUUAAGCCAAAAAUAAAAAAAGACAAAAACAAAAACAAAAAGAGGAAAACUUCAUUUUAUUACUUUUAAAAUAAACCCAAAAAUAUUUUACGACUCUUAGCGCGUGUGUCAUACCCGUUAAAGCGAAAAAUUCUCCGCUUCGAAACAUUAUACAAUGCAUUCUAGUACGUUAGUAUGUGCGUGUGCAUAUAUAUUUAGGUUUAUACCUAACACAUAAUAAUAUAGUUAACAAAGUGUUUGGAAUACAUUUAACUGCAUUUCACUGCAAUUAAUAAAUAAAAGAAAUAAGUAAAAGUUAUGAAAACAAAAACAAAAAUGAAAAUACAAUAAAAAUAAAAAAACACAAAAAAAAAAAACAAAUUAUCCGUCUUUCAGUUCUGCCGUCGGUAAAUAGUGCAUAUUUCGAUAGCGUACACUUAUCAACCGCGAAGGUGGUUUCGCUCAAAUCCAAUUCAUUUCAUAUUUACUUUUAUGAAUAUAAAGAAAAAUUUCAAAAAUCAUCCAUUGACCCAUCACCCCUUGCACCAUAUAUCCAGGCCGUUUUGCUGUAAAAAAAACAAAAAAAAAAAAAACAAGCAAAAAAAGGGUUGUUUUACGUUAUUGUUAAUUUCUUUUAACAAAUUUCGUUAAAAAAUACCAACAGUCAUAUACAAGCAAAGGAGACAUACUUCUCGGCAUUUUCGUCAAUCUGUCCUUUGGCUAUCGCUCUCCUUUUGUCGCGUUUGUAAGAGUCAUUUUGAAACGUAACACAAUAGCGAAAAAACUAUGUGCAAUGUCAAAAUUUGUUUUCGAUAGUAUGCUACCAAAGUAUCCACAGUUUCAACCAUUUAUAAGUUCACAUUUAACUACAACACCACAAAAUUCAUCAUCAGCAGCUGUUGCCGCCGCCUUAGCCGUUGCAGCCGCAUCGUCCUCAGUACCGGCAGUUACCAAUAAUCCGAGCAGCAAUCACAGCACGAAUAGCGGUCAUAAUUUGUUGUCAACUAGUUCGGGAAACGAUCACGUCAGCGUUUCGUCGUCGUCAUUAUUAUCGCCCAGCACUAAUGCCGGCCAAUUGAAUAGUAGCAGUCACUUAAGUUUAAGUCAGUCUUCACAUUCGCCAGUGUCAUCAUCUUCGCCCUCGUCAUCGUCAGCGUUUGGCGGACUUAGUCAGCAGCAUCAAACGCAGCAACACCAUCAUCAGUCAUCGCAUUUCAGUUCUAGUCAACAUCAUCAAUAUUCUUUAACAGCAGCUUUACACCUGCAACAGCAGCAACAGCAAUUACAUAUUAAUAAAUUAGCUGCCGCCGCUGCAGCUGUUACUUCACAGCAACAAAGUAACGGGAAUUCAAUACAACAGCAACAAUUAUUACUUACACCACCUUCGGCUAAUAAUUCACAAGCAGGCGAUAGCAGUUGUUCGCCGUCACCAUCGGCAUCGUCCUCCUUGCAUCGCAGUUUAAACGAUCAUUCGCCCUCAUCAUCGGCUGCUGCCGCUAGUGCUGCAAGUUCGGUGGCCGCCGCAGCAGCUGCCGCCGCCGCUGCUGCUUCUUCAACUUUUGCUAUACCCACAAACAAAAUGUAUCCGUAUGUGUCAAAUCAUCCUACAUCGCAUGGCGGUCUAUCGGGCAUGCCGGGCUUUUCCGGUCUGGAAGACAAAUCAUGCAGCAGGUACACUGACAGUGUCAUGAACAGCUACCAAUCGAUGAGUGUACCUGCAUCGGCCUCUGCCAGUUUCGCGCAAUUCUAUCAACAUGCAGCAGCUGCUUCUGCUGUGUCGGCGGCUUCGGCCGGAGCAAUAGGUGUUGACUCAUUGGGAAAUGCUUGCACUCAGCCGUCGUCGGGUGUAGUUCCUACCGGUGGAGCCGGCCAAAGCAUUGCCGAUCUACCACGAUACCCAUGGAUGACGUUAACAGAUUGGAUGGGAAGUCCCUUCGAGCGUGUAGUCUGCGGUGAUUUUAAUGGUCCAAACGGUUGCCCACGACGUCGCGGUCGACAAACUUAUACGCGCUUUCAAACGCUUGAGCUGGAGAAGGAAUUCCAUUUUAAUCAUUAUUUAACGCGACGACGACGAAUCGAAAUUGCUCAUGCUCUCUGCCUAACUGAACGCCAAAUAAAAAUUUGGUUUCAAAAUCGUCGAAUGAAAUUGAAAAAAGAAUUGCGAGCAGUUAAAGAAAUUAAUGAACAAGCCCGUCGUGAUAGGGAAGAGCAAGAAAAAAUGAAAGCCCAAGAAGCCAUGAAGUCCGCCCAACAAAAUAAUAAUAAACAAGUACAGCAGCAGCAGCAGCAGCAGCAGCAGCAACAGCCUCCACAAGAUCAUCAUUCGAUAAUCGCUCACAAUCCCGGCCAUUUGCAUCAUUCAGUUGUCGGGCAAAACGAUCUAAAACUUGGCCUGGGAAUGGGUGUCGGUGUAGGUGUUGGCGUCGGCGUUGGCGUCGGCGGUGGCUUAGGUGGUAACUUGGGUAUGAUGAGUGCGCUGGAUAAAAGCAAUCACGAUCUCCUAAAAGCUGUCAGCAAAGUGAAUACAUAAAUAUUUGCACCGUAGAAAAAAUAACAACAAAAAAAAAAUAAAAAUAAAAUAAUAAAAAAUAAAUACUUAAAAGUAAAGUGAAGAAAUAUUCCGAAGAGAGCCCGACAAGUAAAACGGGCUGGUAUCCGUUAUAAAAACACAUACAUGCACACACACAUACAAAUCCUUAUAAUAUACAAUAAAAUGAUGUAUGUGUAGCAUGUCACGCAUGUUAAAGCAUUAUGCACACCUAUGUAAUAGGUAGUCUAAAAAGUAUUAAGCCUGCUAAUAAAAAAGGUAGCUUUACUCUUAAUCUAUUUUGUCAUCGGAUAAUUAAAAUGGAAGAUCGAUACUUUUUAUAUAUACGUAUGUAUGCAUGUGUAUGCAUGUAUGUAUUAUAU